UCAUGAACCCUAGGGACGAGGAUGAGAUUUUUGCUCGAGCGUGGAUGAAACUCAGCCUCUAUGAGCUUUGCGAACUGCUUCUCAGGACGUUGUCUCUGACUUGAUCGGAGUUCCAGUAGAGUUUUUGUUUGGUAUUACCACUUUCAACAGCCGCCGACUCUUCUUCUGCUCGAUCUUACGUUCGUUCUCUGGUGUUUCCGACUAUUUCGUAGUAGCUUUGGUGGUUUCUGUUUCUUGCUCGGAAAUGUCGGGCCGGGCUGAUGGAGGAAGGGAUCGAUUUCGAAAAGAUUAUACGUCGAGGUACGACGAGAGGUCGCAGUCUACGCAUAGCAGCAGCAGCAAUCCUCCGUCCAGACACCUUUGGAUCGGAAAUUUAUCUCAUGUUAUAGUGGAGCGUGAUCUCACCCGCCAUUUUUCACAAUUUGGAGAGCUCGACAGUAUUGCUUUCCAGCCCAGUCGUAGCUAUGCUUUCAUCAAUUUCAAAAGGGACGAAGAAGCGAUGGCAGCCAUGAGGGGGCUUCAAGGUUUUGCUCUUGGAGGCAAUCCCAUUAGAAUUGAGUUUGCCAAGGCGGAUAAGCCAUCUGCAUCAUCACGUGAUGAAGACUAUUCUCAACAUCGAGAGGAAAAAUAUUAUGGAGCAAAGGGUUCUUUCUCACAAGGACGGCAUGCUAGUCCUGACCAAUUUUAUCCUGAAAAGUCUAAAAUGAGCGAUAAAAAUUCAGAGCCUAGUGAGGUGUUAUGGAUAGGAUUCCCAUCUUUGUUAAAAGUGGAUGAAAUGAUAUUAAGGAAGGCCUUUUCACCGUUUGGGGAAAUUGAGAAAAUUACAACAUUCCCUGGCCGGACAUAUGCUUUUGUUCGUUUUCGGGGUGUGACAUCAGCUUGGAGGGCUAAAGAAACUCUUCAGGGGAAAUUAUUUGGAAAUCCUCGAGUACAUAUUUGUUUUGCAAAAAAUGAUUCUGGUUCAUCCAACAGUGGAAGGAGCUCAAUGAAUGCACCCCUUUCUCCAAGAUCUCCUCACCUCUUCUCAAAUUUUGAUGCUGGAGAAUUUGAUUCCCGUGGUUUUAAUAGGAAAAGUAAUUUGUGGACUAGUGGGAAUAAUGCAUUUGAAAUGAAGAGGUCUGGAGAAUUUUCAUCAAAAUUGGGUCCACCCGGGGAUAGGUACGAACAUCAUGGUAGUCCAACAAAAGAGAGAGGCCCUCAUUUAAAUAAUUUUCCUCAAAGAUUUUCUCAACAAAGUUCAUUUUAUGAAGAUCCGUGGGACUUGCCAGAGGAUUCGAACUUAUAUCAUGGGUCCAAGAAAUUGAAAACUGGACCCUUUCCUCAGGACAAAGAGCUCCCUGAGUAUCCUUUAUCUGAUUUGGAACAAGAUAAACGUAUUAUUCCAAAACUGUACCCUGAUUUUUCCCCAUCAGAGGUUGAUAUGAAAAUGAAGUCUGGGCCUCUGGGGUAUAAACAGACUCCUGAUCGGCCAAUAACAAUGCCUGUACCUUAUGGAGAAAAUAGUGAACGCUGGAGGGAACCAUAUGAUAAUUUUCAGGGUUCUGAUUCUAUGCCAUCUAAUGCUGUUGCAAGGAAAAGGUUGUCUCCUGAUUCAGAACAGUCAUCCAUGAAAGAGUGGAAAUGGGAAGGAACUAUUGCAAAGGGAGGAACACCUGUUUGUCGUGCUCGCUGCUUUCCUGUGGGAAAGGUUCUGGAUAUGCUGUUGCCAGAGUUCUUAGACUGUACUGCAAGAACUGGUCUAGAUAUGCUUUCAAAGCAUUAUUAUGAAGCGGCGAGUGCUUGGGUUGUUUUCUUUGUACCUGAAAGUGAUUCUGAUAUUGUAUUCUACAAUGAAUUCAUGCACUAUCUUGGUGAAAAGCAACGAGCAGCUGUUUCUAAGUUGGACGACAGAACCACCUUGUUUCUUGUACCACCAUCUGAGUUCUCAGAGAAAGUGCUCAAAGUACCAGGUAAAUUGAGCAUUUCAGGGGUAAUUCUGAGGCUAGAGCGUCCUGGUACCAGUGCAAGACCUCCUCCUUAUCAAAACGAAACAAAAGACACAAAUUUGUUACCUCUACAAGGUGAAACAUUAUAUGCAAAAUUGGCAACGUCUCCAGCUGUUUUUGCCCCAAUACCAACUUUAUCUGACCUCAGUAAAUCAGGAAUCAAUAAUGCAUCAUUGCCUAGGAAUGUGGCUACUACAGCUUCACCUGUGUUAUUUCAUGGUUCAGCCCAAUCUAUUGGAAGUUUGUCUGACCCAUAUCUAGAGAGCAGGUCUGAGUAUCCAAUUCAACAACAGCAAAAUGCCAUGGGACCAAACUUGUCUUCUCACCAUCUUAACUCAAUGGUGGAUAUUAGAAAUAUUCAGUCACAAGCUUCCCACAAUUCAAUGGAUCCUGUUAUUCAGGAACGUCAUUUAGUCAUUCCAAGGGAAAUUCAGGAAACGGGUUCCAGUAAUUUCACAGUUGGGAUUUCUAGUGUUCCAUCUGGAAAUGCUUUAUCAACUCAACAAGAAAUCAAACCGGCUGCCUCUUUAGCUACGACUCUUUCCUCCCUACAGCCAGAACAACUGGCAGAACUAGCAUCAUCUCUUCUUGGGCAUCAAAGGCAGUUUGGAAGCACAUCAAAUGCAACUAUGGCAGAGGAAUUGAGGCAGCGAAAUCUGGUCAGUGAACCUGUUAUGCCAUUGGCAAGGUCCCAAAAUGGUUCUUUCCAGAAUAAUGUGAUGAACUCUGAGCCCCAGACAUCUCAGAAUGUUCAAGUUCCACAGAUGCAGCUUGUACAACACCUCCAGAUGUCGAAUGUGCCUGAUGGGCACAUUAUGGCACAAAGAGAGCCUCAAACAGGGGCUUUAGGCAAUAACCAACACGUUCAAAAUUCUGAUGUACGUGGGGAAGCAGAAGCAGAUCCACAGAAACGCCUGCAAGCAACACUUCAGCUGGCAGCUGCUCUUCUUCAGCAAAUUCAACAAGGUAAAGGAAGUUGAUCUAUCCUGCUUGAUCUUGUGAAAUUAACUAAUGCAGAGUUCAAUCGGCUAUGGAAAAGUCAUCCUACAGAUGAUGUGAAAGGAAUGUUGAAGGAAUUAACUGGUUUCUAAGAGGAGAUAACGAAUACCAGAGCCUGCAUCAUCUGCUACCUGCUAGCGGUAACAUUUAUUAUCCUAAUUCCCAAGUCACAAGUCUUUUGAUUAAACUUGUUUAUAAGUUUUUGAUUAGCUAGUUAGUAUCAACAGCUGCUGCUUUAAUGCUGUUAGAAAUUGGAGGCAUUUAUGGUAGUUUUGCUGUUUUGUUUAGUCUCAAGUCCAGAAAUUUUGUUGGCCUCUGUCUUGUUGUUCCUUAGUUAUUUACUUGGGAGAGUCCACUUCGUUGGUCAUUUGUUUUUAAGACUUCUGGCAGAUCCCAAUCAUUAAUUUUCUUCUACUGGCCUAUGAGAAAAGUAAAUUCAACCUCUUCUGUUUGAACCUCA